AUGGCUCAUUACAUCGAUUUCACCACUGCCUCUACCCCUACCUGUUCCCUCUCUGCUAUCCCUCCUACUACCCAGGAUCCCCUGUUCUUUACUCGUCUUAUCGACAAGCAAUUCGGGCUUGACAAGACCAAAAAUGGUCCGGCGGAUGAGCAUCAGGCUUGGGCCAUGAGCUACAACAAACAGCUUGCCUCUCAGCAGCUACGGUCUAGCCAGCAAUAUGAUCAGAUUGCCGCUCUUCAGGGGAUGACCUCUGAUCUCCAUGCGAAGCCCGCAGACCCUCAGCUCCUUCGAAACAUCAGCCAGGCUGAGCAGCUUCUUGGAGCUUCCACCCUUCCUACCGACGCUCAAAUCUUGGGAGCGGAGCUUCUUCAUGCCCAGGGCUGGUCCAAAGAGGCCGUUGCUAAGCAAGUCCAAUACCAGUUGCCUGACCAAGUUGCCGCUGAAGCUGCCUCCCGCCUUGACCUUCGCAUCAAAGCUCGUGCUCAAGCUCGUCUUCAAGCUCGCGGCAAGGCUACCCCGUCAUCUUCUACCCUCAAUUCCCUUACUCUCUCCAUUCUACCCAAAAUCCGCACCCUGACCAAAGAUCAAAUACACCAGCUGGUCGAGUUUGUCCAGUCAAACCCCAACGCCCGCCGCACUCCCAUGGCCAAGAUUCCCUCAGCCCUGGGUUUUGACUGCUCCGAGCGAACCAUCACCCUGACGCUGGGCCGCAAAGGGUUCAAGUGUUCACCUGCCAUCACCCGCCCUCACAUUGACGAGAAGACCCGACAGCUGCGUCUCAACUUUGCUCGUCAGCAUCUUCACUGGGCAGUUGAGCAGUGGGGAAGUGUCCUCUUCUACGCUGAGAUGUAUGUUCCCCUCAACGAACAGCCCCAAGAAGUCUUUGUCACUCGCAAGUCAGACGAGGACAUCCACCCCGACUGCAUCAACUUUGAGCCCGUUGCUCCCACUGAUUACACCAACAGCAACUUCUACUUUGCUUACCUGUCAGGUGUUGCUGGCACUGGUCACCUUCGUUCUUGGACCCGCCGCAGCAACCGCGAGCAUGGCUCUCUUGGCCCUGAGAGUUGGUAUUUCAACAUUUUCCCCAGCCUUGUCAACUUCUUUCGAGAUCACUCAGUUGGCCCUCGCUUUGCUCUGUCACCCGACCUUCCAGCCCACUGCAGCGUAACCAUCAAGGAUGGUCUGCGAGGUGGCCACAAGCCUGUCCUUCACCUGCCCCCAGCAUCCCCUGACCUUAACCCCAUCACUGAAAUCUUUGGCACUAUCACCGCUAACUUGAAGGCCGACAAAGCCAACUCCCUCUUUGGGGGUGUUACCGAGUACAGGAUCGACGACAUUGUACGAGACACUUGGGAGGGCAUCUCCAAGGAGUACCUCGGUGAGCUGAUCGGAAGCAUGCCCAAGCGGUGCCAGGCCGUCAUUGACGCUGACGGAUGGUACACUCGUUUUUAA